CUUGAAUGGAAGAAGUGCCUGCCUCCCAGAAAAGUUUGCCAUCUGUUAGCCAACCCAGUACAAAUCUGUCCUAUGACUCAGUAAAGAUCACAGAUUUGGAGAAAGUCAAGAACCUGAUUGACCAUAUUAAGAAGGAUUUACAAACAGAUAUCGAGUACAUGGAGACUGAGAUUAAUAAUGUUAGAGUUGAAAUCUCAGGCAUUCAUAAUGAUUUGAUAGAUAAAGCCGAUAAGACCCUCAUCUCACAGAUGAACAAAAAGUUGAUAGAGUUCGUCCCAUACCUUGAGUUCAACGCUAUGGGCAAGUCCUUGACCAAUUAUUGCCCGAUGGAGAACCAUAGAGUUUUGGAAGAGAAUUUUGAAGCUCUCAGAGGUCGACUUUAUCAGUAUGAACUCUCUAAACAAGUUGACAAGAAGUUCAAAUAAGAUGCAAGAUGAAUUCAAUGAGAAAUUGACUCAGUUUACCACAAGAGAUGAAUUCUUGGAGAAGCAGAAAGUUCUUCAGGACAGACUUAUGACAAUUGAGUCUGAUAUUAAACGCAACGAGAGAGCUCUUAUCGAAAUUAAUGCUGACAAGUUGCCAGCUAUUAUUCAAGUUAUGGACGAGAAGAUAGACAUGAAAGACCUUAACUUAGAGUUGCGAGGACUUCAUCUACGCUUAGAUCAAUUUGCAUUGCAGGAUGAGGUAAAUAAUAAUCGAAAGAGCUUUGAAGAGUUUCAAUAAACACCACAAGUCGCCAACUCUCUGCUAUUACUGAACAAGUGAAU